AGCCAUGCAUGUGUCACACAGGUGGCCUUAUACUAGCAGUGUAGUUGACCAUAGAGACACAAAGAGGACAGAGACAGACAGAGAGACAUGAGCUGCCAGGCCUUCAGCAGUACUGACUCCUUUAGCACUUUGGGCAGCGAUUCAGCUGCUCUGCCUCUGCUUAUGCACCACGCCGGAGCUGCUGACUGCCUUCCCGUCACCAGCCACACCACCAACAUUGUGCCUCCAGUUCCCUCAGGUCUGCCCCUGGUCCAGUCGUCCAAGCGCCCCCACAUGCAUCUGUCCACUUCUGCCCUGAGCAAUGCCUCAGCUGGCCUACACUACUCCAUGCCCCCAUGUCACUAUAGCAACCAGCAGACCACCUACGGCAUGAUGGCAGCACAGGAAAUGCUCUCAGCCAGCAUCUCUCAGACGCGCAUCCUGCAGACCUGCAGUGUCCCACACAAUAUGGUCAAUGGAGCCAACUCACUUCAAGGUGCCCUGGCCCCAUGUCUGUAUAAGUUCCCUGAGCACAGUCUGGCAGGAGGUUCGUGCACUCUGUCCCACAGUUUCUCCGCACUGCCCCAGGCCCUGUUCACAGAUGAGCCCACGUUGGGAGACAUCAAACAGGAGCUGAGGAGGAAGAGUCGAGCCCCAGAGGAACCACCAGACAUGGACUCACCCCAGAUCCGUGAGCUCGAGAAGUUUGCCAAUGACUUCAAACUACGCAGAAUCAAACUCGGUUACACUCAGACCAAUGUUGGAGAGGCUCUAGCAGCUGUACAUGGCUCUGAGUUCAGUCAGACCACCAUCUGUCGCUUUGAGAACUUACAGCUCAGUUUCAAAAAUGCUUGCAAGCUGAAGUCCAUACUUGCCAAAUGGUUGGAGGAGGCUGAGCAGGCUGGUGCAUUGUUUAAUGACAAAAUGGGACUUCAAGAACGCAAAAGGAAGCGAAGAACUACCAUCAGUCUUGGGGCAAAAGAGGCACUGGAGAGGAAUUUUGUGGAGAAGAGUAAGCCGUCAUCACAGGAGAUUGUACGUAUGGCAGAGGGACUCCAUUUGGAAAAGGAGGUGGUGCGUGUUUGGUUCUGCAACCGCAGACAGAGGGAGAAAAGAGUCAAGACAAGUCUACACCAUAGCUCUUUUAUGCCCAAAGAUACUGUUGGAAGACAUGAUAGGUUAUGAUGAUGACAAUGACGACGAUGAUGAUGAAUUGUUAAAAAGCUACUCUGCUCAGGCCCAGAACCUUUACCUCUUAACUCAGACAGUCAAAAUAACUUCAUGUCAUAAAGAAUGGAGCAAUAUUGUUCAAGAUAUUAGAGAAUACUGCAUGCCUUCAUUGUGUGGGGAAAAAUGAACUUCCUGAUUUGUUAACAGGAGUAAAUGUAAUGAUCUGCCUGUACAGAAAUGACCCAUUUAAGGGGACAUAUGCAAAGGAAAUGCUGUAAAUCAUUAGCAUACAGCUGUGUUACAAUAAUAUUUUCACAUCAUGUUGAGGAUUUUUUUUUUUAUUUGGAUGAUUCAUCUAAGUGUGUGACAAAGCAUUUCAAUAGAGUAAGUUAUUUAAAUUAAUAUAUUCAAGUCUGAAUUUUGCAAUAAUUGUCAAAUGUAAUAUAUUGAAUAAAUCUACAAAUAAUGGAGUGAUAUAUUGAUUUCUUAUUGCACAACCAUAAUUGAAAGGGAAUGACAAUGAAAACACAUAUAAGAGGGGGGUGUACUGGUUGUGUGAGUUUUUGAAAUCUGUCAUUCCAGUUGCACUGCCCUUAAUACCUUCAGUAAUUAAAAAUAGAUAAAACACUUAA